AUGAAAUGCGGUAUUUGUGAACUCGAAGAUUCAAAAUACAAAUGUCCAAGAUGUAGUGUACAGUACUGUUCGAUGCUUUGCUACAAAUCAAAAAGUCACAAGCACCACACCAUUGAAAACCAUGACAAAAAGUCUGCUAUAGAUUUGAUCACUGCUAGAAAUGCAACGGAUGAAACCAAGUCCGUAUUGCAUGAUAGUCGGCUCGCAAAACUUUUGAAAGAGCCCACUUUGAGAUUUCAUCUCAAAGUCAUAUAUGAACUCCUUAAUCAUCCUCAAUUGACUAACGAAACGUCGGCUGAAGCCAGACGAGAGAUAGCAAACAAAAAGUUAGUCAAUUUAAGACGCAGAGGGUCUGAAGAAAAUAAGCUGGUCGAAGAUUUUUGUGCACAUGUUCUAGAAUCCGUGAAUCGGUGA